CCUCGGCAGGAAGUCGCCCCCUGCUGGUCCUAAGUUCCCUCCGCUCAAACUUAAAGCGGUCAAGUGGCAACUGCCCCGAGCCAUGGACGCUUCCGGUCGAGCGGCAGCGCUCGCCUCGUUCCGUUACCGAGCCCCGCUAAAUCCGCGCUCCGGGUCGCCAGGCUUCGACUUCUAUGAGCAGGAGCGCGCCGGCGAGACCGCGGAGGAGGAAUCCAAUGAGGAGGAGGAUGAUUUUGAAACUGACAUUUCUAUGGUGGAUGAGCAAAGCCUUCAUGAGAAUAGGAGCUAUGAGGACUUAGUGAGCACUUCUGAAAUCUGUGACUCCAAUCAAGAGUAUUUUAGGAAGCUUGAAGAGCUGAAGGCAGCCCACAUGAAAACAAUGGCAAAAUUAGAGAAACUGUAUCAAAAUAAAUUGUAUAUAAAAGGAGUUCAGCCAGACACCACGAAGGAACAGAUGCCUGGCCCAUGUUUUAGCUCAGUGUGGAUCAACUCCUAUCAACCUGCCAUUUUGCAAAAAUCAUUUUCUGAGUCUGAUUUGAAUCAGCCUUCCAUUAGUGUAUCAGACCUGUCUGAACAUGGAUUUUCCAAUAUAGAAAAAGAAAAUAUGAAUGAAGUAAAAAUGAUGACUUCUGCUAAAGAAUACAUCAAGAAUAUGUGGAAUGAUUUUUCUGUGAAGGACUAUGCUUAUACUCACUCUGAUAGUUCAGACUCACCAAUAGUUGAAAAACCACAGAAAAAACCAAAGGAGUGGGUGCCGAAGAUUACAGUGCCUAAGCCCUUUCAAAUGACUAUCCGAGAAGAAAGAAAAAAAAAAGAGUGGCUCAAGUCCCGCUCAGAAACCGAGAUGGCCUUUAAACUGAUGAAUAAGCAAGAAGGAGAAGUGGUCCAGAAAAGAAGGUUCCGAGCCAAUCCCGUUCCCGAGUCUGUUUUCCUCCCCCUAUAUCAUGAAAUACUAGAGCGGAAUGAAGAAAGGAAGAAGUCUGUGAAGGAGAGAAGCAAAAAGAUUCUUCUGGCCUCCCAAAAGCCAUUUACAUUUAUUGCAAGGGAAGAGCAGAAGAAAGAAGCUCGGAAGGGGCAGCUGGCUGAGGCACCAAAGCCUGAAAAGAGAAAGAAUCCCUUUAAGGCCAAACCUGUUCCCAGGUCCACCUACAGCCCCCCUCUCAGCGACAGGCUCAAGGAGGAGGCAUUCUUCAGAGAAAUUAGGGUCCAUUUGAGAGCCCAGAAGCUCUUGCAGAACUCAUCCCUGCCCAGAACCAUGCAGACUCACCAGUCACCCUCCAGGAGGAAGCCAGAGCACAUGGCACAGGGCGAGAAGCCCCGGCGCAGGAACAAGGCCAGCUGCCGGGUGCCUGACUUUGAGAGGCUCCAUACCAAGCUCCAGAAGCAGCUCUUGGAGCACAAGAAUCCCAGGCCCACCACAGUCUGUGAGCCAUUUGACCUCUUAACUUUGCGAAUUCCCUCCAAAAAGGAGAAAAUUUUGGAAGACAUUCAGGCUGAUGAAGAACGUUUAAAAGAAACACGCUGGCCCUAUCUGUCUCCUCGAGGAAAAGUACGGACCAGGUGCUCAAGGGCAGAACAUUCCCUCUGCGAAUCAAGUGAAUCAGAAUCUCCCAGACCUACUGUGUCUUCCAGAAGGAGACAGCAAGCCAUCAGGAGAUCCCUUGAGGAAAAGAAAACAUUAGAAGAGGACCGAAAACGGAAUCUAGCUAAGCAGAGACAAAGAAUGAGAGAAUUGCAGAAACUCCUGGUAGCCCGAGCUCGGGCUAUUGAUACACACCAAAGUUUAGCUCAAAUGUCUAAAUCCAGAAUGACAACGCUAAGAAAGAAUGAGAAGGAAAGGAUGAAAGAGUACCUACAAGAACUAGAAGAAAUAGAAAAGAGAUUGAAGAAGAGGCCAUUACUGUUUGAAAGAGUUGCUCAGAAAAAUGCAAGAGUGUCAGCCGAAAAGAAAUAUUCUAAAACCUUAAGAGGACUAGGACUUUGUGAUGAGUUUGUGUCAAAGAAAGGCCAAAAUGCAGAGUAUUUGACAGACCAAGAGAUUGAAAACUACUCUGAAGAUGAAAUAAGCCUUGAUGGAGACAAAGUAGGAGAACACUGGGGAGAAAAUGAUCAGGAUGGCUUUGUCAGCCAAGAUGAUCUCAAUCAAGACAGUGAAACUCAUGAAGAUAGUGCAGAAGAAAACUCCGCAUUGUUAGAGAAAGAAGUGGGAACAGUAAAAGCUUUUUAAAAGUACCACAUUUCUGUUGAUUACAGCUAACAACUGACAUGUUAAGUACAUCCUUGGAGGCACAUUUUUUAGAUACAGGUCUGCUGCAGUCUGGAAAAUGUUGCAUUUCUGUUUAAGUUUUUAAUCUCCCUCCCGCUCCCCAAAUCCCAAAUCAUUGCACAUAGAUGCUUUGUAAAGUAAAUCAUGAAACAUGCCUUUUUUAAAAGAAAUGUAAAAAAAAAUUUUUUUAAUUAAGUGUUAAUAUGCAAUUAUGGAUUCAGUAUUGUUUUUGUUUUUCUUUGCACACUCCAUUGAUUAUAUAUCAGCAUUUGUAGUUCAAAUAAAAAAAUUCUUAAAGGGA